AUGGGUGAGGAAAACUGCACCUCUGUCACAGAGUUCAUUCUCCUGGGAUUCUCAGAUGUCCCUGAGUUGAGAGUCUUCCUCGUCCUGGGGUUUCUUGUUAUCUACGGAGUCACCGUCUUGGGUAACCUAGGCAUGGUUGGGCUGAUUCAGGUCAGCCCUCGACUCCACACCCCCAUGUAUUUUUUCCUCAGCCACUUGUCCUUUGUGGAUUUCUCUUACUCGAUGAUCAUUGUGCUCAAGAUACUGGCUAACAUCAUAAAUGAAGACAAAGCCAUUUUCUUCCUGGGGUGUGUUGUGCAAUUCUACUUGUUUUGCAUAUGUGGAGUAACUGAGGUCAUCCUACUGGCUGUGAUGGCCUAUGACCGCUUUGUGGCCAUCUGUAACCCACUCUUGUACAAGGUCACCAUGUCCCGAAAUGUCUGUGUGGAGCUAGUGUCUUGUUGCUACCUGUGUAGGACUGUGUGUUCUCUGAUUCACCUGUGUUUAGCUCUGAAGAUCCCAUCCUACAGAUCGAAUGUGAUCAACCACUUCUUUUGUGAUCUGCCUCCUCUCUUAUCUCUUGCUUGCUCUGAUGUCACUAUGAAUCAAUUGCUACUGUACAUUGUGGCCACGUUCAAUGAGAUCCUGUCCAGUGUGAUCAUCCUCACCUCCUACUUGUUCAUUCUCAUCACCAUCCUGAGGAUGCGCUCUUUGGAAGGAAGAUCCAAAGCCCUCUCCACCUGUGCCUCCCACCUCACAACCAUAGCUGUCUUACAGGAAACAAUCCUUUUCAUGUAUUGCUGACCCAAUUCUGGAAACUACAGUAUGGCCACUGACAAAGUGGCCACGGUGUUCUACACUGUGGUGAUUCCCAUGUUGAACCCCCUGAUCUAUAGUCUGAGGAACAAGGAUGUGAAAGAAGCUCUCAGAAAAGUGGUGAAGUCAAAAAGAUUUUCCCAGAGAACAAUAUCGUAG